AUGUAUGACGUCAUUGCCAAAGUAUGUAAGCCACAUAAGCCAGGUGCUAAAAGUUACGACGAAAUUAUUGAACUGGUAAAGAAACAUUUGAAGCCACAAGCAUCUCAUCUGGUAAACUGCUCCAAUUUCCGCCAACGAGUGCAAAAAGAUAACACAAGUAUAAGUGAUUACGUGGCUGAGUUAAAAGAUUUAGCGAAUGAUUGCAAAUUCGAUAAUUUGGAAGAUCAAGUAUUAGAUCAAUUAAUAAGUGGUUUGAAGAAUAAAAGUGUAGUAGCCGAGCUGCUAAAAAUAGAUGAACCAACACUUAAAGUAGCUCUAAAAAAAUCAUUAGCCACAGACGCAGCAAACAAAGGAGCCGAAAAAUUGCAAGAAGCCAGCAAGGCGGAUUCGGGCGAGGCAGAGAUAACAGACAGUAUCGAGGCGGGAGUAGAGAACAAGGACAGCAAUAUCAACAUCAGAGCGGACAAACAUCAUCAGGAGCAAUGCAGAGGCCUGCGUCGAAACCAGCUACACAUCCAGGGUAUACGACGGAUUGCUAUUGUUGUGGCUGAUAUCACUUUGAUGAAUCACGAUGAGUCUCUGUACGAAUCCGUAGGUAUGCUAAAGCGCGUUAAAGAAGAAGCAAACGGCAAUACAAUUUGGACUGAUGUUUACGUUACUAAAUCAAAAGGCCCAGCUAUCAUAGCAUUGAAAAAGGAUGUAGAAAAUGAAAUAGAUAGAUUAGUUGGACAAUUAGUUCCGGUGGAUAAUAGCGAGUGGGCUACGCCUAUCGUACCCAUUUUGAAACCAAAUGGCAAAUUACGAAUGUGCGCGGACUUUAAAGUAACCGUAAAUCCCCAACUAGUAACUAUGCGAUAUCCAGCACCUAACUUUGAUCAUGCCAUUGCUAAAUUGCAAGGUAGGGCUAAAUAUACAAAAAUUGAUUGUGCAGACGCAUAUUUGCAGGUACCGGUCGACGAAGAAUCGCAAAAAUUGUUAACAAUCAACACACAUAAAGGCCUGUACCGUUAUAAAUAUUUAGUUUUUGGCAUUAGCUCAGCCCCAGGUAUUUUUCAAAAAUUUAUGGAAGAAGCAAUAAAAAAUAUACCUAAAGCAGCGAUAGUAGCAGACUAUAUAGUAGUCACCGGCGAUACGCCGAAAGAACACUUAGAAAUUCUUGAUAGAGUAUUAACGAUUUUAACAAAAUGCGGUCUUAAAGCUCCCACGGAAAAAUGUGAUUUCUAUAAAGAUAAAGUAACGUAUCUGGGAAACGAAAUUAGUCAAAAAAGAAUUGGAAUCGAUUCAAAGAUAUAUCAAGCUAUUGUCGAAAUGAAGACACCUACAUGUAAAAAAGACGUACAAUUAUUACUAGGAAAAAUUAACUAUUACAAGAGAUUAUUCAAAAAACGUGCAGAAAUUUUAGCGCCAUUAUACGACUGCAAUUAUAACGAUGAAUUUGUUUGGAAUGAAGAAUGUAAAAUAGCUUUUGAACAAGUUAAACUGGCAUUGAAACAAAGUGUUGUAAAUUACGACCCGAAUUUACCACUCAUAUUAACCUGCAACGCGUCACCACAAGGUCUAGCAGCUUUCAUCAGUCAACCAUAUAGCGAUGAUAUAAGCGACAUUGUCACUGCCAAGCAAGAAAUGCAAAUUAAAAAUUAUAUUGGUAACAGAACUGAUAAAUUUAACGUUAGUGACAUAAUAAUAGCGAGAGAUUUUCGUAAAUACCACGAUAAAAUGUCGGAAGCAGAAAUUGUAAAAGUUUUAUCACCACAUAACUAUUCAAUAAAGUUCAAAGAGGGGGAAGGUGUGCAUAAGCGUCAUGGUAAUCAGUUAAGGGCUUGGGGCGAACAAAAAUUACAAGAAAAUGUAAAAGUGGUGAUCGACAAAAGCUCGACUGAAAACUGCGACUUGAGCAACGAGCAAAACCCUUUAUAUGUACGACGUUCAACGCGUCAGUCUAAAGCUGUUCAACGUUACUGCGCUAACGUUAGAUCUAUAAAGUUCCAGAUAAAGGCUUCUUGGUUUGAUUAUCUUGUUUUGCAAAAAGUUGGUACUCAGAGCUCAUAA